AUGACCACCUCCAGGCUCAUUCCCAAGUGGGAUGAGUUUUUGAUGCUUGUGAAUGACAUCAUUCAAGAAAACAAGAAAUCCUCAGCGGAGGAACUGAAGGACGUUAUCGUGCUGAGUGACCGAUCCCAAGUACUGUACAAAGAAUCUCGAUAUCCUCUCACUAUGCCGAUCAUAUGCUAUUACUUCGUCGAUGCUCACUUCUUCGCCUCCCUCUCCUGGGUGUCACCCAACGUAAAAGAAACCCUGGCUGUAGUGUGGGUGAAGAGCAAAACUGAGGACAUGGUUGAAAAGAGAACAUUCCCGAUGUUGGAGCGACUGCGGCCUAUCCAGGCAAUGGUGCACACAGGCCCCUUUCAUCUCAUUGUGGCCUACUGUGGUGACAUGGUCUUGAGGCUCUUUGGGGACCAUUUUAGGUCAUUCAGACCCCUGGGUACCGUGCCCUGCCGCUUUGAUAUCAACUGCCUCUGCUUCGAUCCGGAAACAAAGGUGCUCCUGUCCGGCAUCCAGGGGGCAGUGGUCACUUGGAUCAUUGAUCCAAGUGGCAAGGGCCUUCACUUGAUUCAAAUAUCUCCCAUCUCUGGCGACGAGAUGAUCCAAAACAUCUCCCUGGAUGGCCCCAAUGGCUGCCUCAUAGCCCUGUGUGAAACUACACUGAGAGUCCUGGAACGCCAGGGCCAGGGUCAACUGGUAGAGUCCCAUAAGUUCAUAGCCAUUAACUGUGGAGCUCCGAUCACCUGCUGCUUCACUAGCCUUGAGGAGAGCCUUCUCUACGCCGGCAACAAGGCUGGGGUGAUCUAUGUAUGGACUCUCAUGCAAAGCCAGUCUCCCCACAGUUUCCGGGCCCAUCCCUCGGUAGUGGUGUUUAUACAGAGCCGGUCCGAGGCCCACACCCUGCUGACGGCUGGCAAGGAAGGCGUAAUCAAGGAGUGGAACCUCACUUCAGGAAACUUGCUCCGGCACCUGGAACUUGGCGAAGAGCUCUAUAACCUCAAGUUUAUCGACGACACUACUUUCUUCUGCCAGACAACGCACCAUUUUUCCUUACGCCGUCUACCUGGCUUCUACAGUCUCUUCAAUAUCUGCGGCUCCAUUCCCCAGCAGUUACGUCGAGUCCGCUAUCGGGACAGCUGCUUCCGGAUCCUGUGCGUCACCGAGGACGGCCUGUUGCGCUUCGUGUCUCCUGUAACGGGGGAUCUUCUGCUUGUCAUUUGGCCCUUCUCAGUCCUUGACCGUGCUGUGGACUGGGCCUAUGAUCCGGGGAAAGAGGAGCUUUUUGUAGCGAUAGGCACCACGGAGGUGCUAGUGUUUGACACGACCCGCAAUCCUUGCCCGGUCAAGUAUCUCUUGUGCACCUCACCGGAUGCUCAGGACUAUGUUCAUUGCCUGGCUUUCGGGAAUUUCCAUUUGGGGCGGGGGCUGGAAGGACUGAUAUUCUCCGGGCAUCAGAGCGGUAUGAUCAGAGUGCUUUCCCAGCACAGCUGCGCCAGAAUGGAGAAAAGUGUUCACUUUGGGGCCGUGCUGGCUCUGUCAGUAUUCUAUAGGGGGUUUUUGGCUACCCGAGACAACUCUUUGGUCUGUUCCUACGGGGUAGAUGACUACAUCCAUUUGUCAGAAGCCGUGUUGACCGGGACCAGAUUGCAACUUAGGUCCCUCGCUUGCAUUCUCAGCAGCCGCCCACUAAAGCACCUGAUCCUCCUACCGAGGGCCGUAAGUGCCAUUACGGACACCAACUGCCUACGGCUCUGGAAGUUCCACGAUUUUAUAUCCUUUGGGGCAAGGCAAAGCACCAAAGUCAUAGAGACGUUGCCUCUGCACCAGUGCGCCAUCACCUCCUUCGAUGUCUGCUUGGCCUUGAGUAUUUUUGUCACAGGCGGUUCUGAUGGCUCCGUCCGCAUCUGGGAUUUCCAUGGUAGACUUAUAGCCAUGCUGGACUCGUCCUUGCACUUUGGCCCACUCUGCUUUGCCAACGACCGGGCUGACCUGCUUGUGACUUUCAACCAGAGUAUUUACCUGGUGUCCUGUCUGCAACUGUUACCCGUAUCCUUACUCUCUCGCCUUUCCCUUCUGAGCAUAACAGAUGACAUGGUAGAAAUCCCCAAACCUUUCCUGCCAAGCUUCUUCUUCUCUUUUGAGAUCUUAUUUGUGCCUAAAUAUAGCUACCAAGGUCAACGGAGACAGGACCUACAAGGCCUGGUACACCUUCCCAAUAAGCGAGCUAUUGCCUUUGAUCAUAAGGUGCCACAUGUCAUAGAAGAAGAAGAAGACGGCAGCACUGUGCUACUGGCUCCUCCCCGUUCCGUUCCUUUGGGGGAAAGUAAGUUGCUGCCUGCGAUGGACAAGCAACCCCAAACUCGCUACGUGGUUCCUCCCCAGCUGCAGUUGACCGCCUGGGACGGACUGAACCCCUAUGAGAUCCUGCGGAGCUACUUCGGACAUGGGAAGAAAUGGCCCCUUGCCCCGGAUUGCUACAUCCCUAACUCAGUGAUCCGCGCCCGUCUUUGGCCAGAGGGCAGCCCAAUAUUCCUCAAGUGCAGCCUGCGCCCACCCCAGCGGACUCUGGAGUGGGAAAAGGAUCAGCCAUUCUUCUUCUGGCAGAGCAGGGUAAGAGCUACGAGCGAAGCGGGCCAAAUCCCACCCAAAGAGGAUGAAGAAUUCCUGGAAAAGAGACUCACCAAGGACGUCACCUACAGCAUCCUCACGGAUGCAACGAACCGAAGCUGGCUGGGGAAGAAGAUGAGCGAAGUGGCCAUCAGCAGCCUGAUUGAGGCAAUCCUAAGCAUCAUGGCCCAUGCCAACCCGCUGAAGUACCAGUGCAGCGUCGGCGCGUUGGGACAGAUCUUCGCCUCUUACCAGGUGUCUCCAUCUCUGCGCUCCGAGACGGCACACCGUCUGCUGGACGACACGACCCAUCCCAACCCGCUCAUCCGAGAACUGGCCUGGGAGGGGCUGAAGCGCCUGGGCAUGGUCACUCGUCUCUUUGCCUUGCCCCUGGCCCAGGGACUGAUGGACAAGGACCAAAGAGUGAGGACCAAGGCCCUGAACCUAAUGUCCGAUACCGGAGUCCAUUCCAAGAGCUCACUCUUAACCCUGAUCCAGAAACCAGGCCUCUUCCAGGAGUUGCAGCAAGAGAUGAUUGGGGAGGAGUCCCUGGACCAUCUUCUGGGGAUCCGGCCCAUAGACAUUCAAACCCUCACUACUCAAAUAGAGCUGCGAUUAAGUGAUAACCUGUCAAUAUUUAAAGGAGAUAAGAUUGAUUUUUCUUUGGAUGUCCCAGGGUUAUUUACACCUAGUCAGACCAUCUCCUUGCUCCUACUUCCCCCAGCACCUCAAAUACCUGAACUCAAGUCCACCAAAAGCCAAAGACGGAUCCGGUCAGCGGGCAGAAAACGGGCCCGGAAAUUAUUGCGAGGCCUCAGAAAGUUGAAAGAGGCAGCUAGACAACAGAAACAGGAGGAACUAAGUGACCACAGUGAGGCAGAGCCAGAAGAAGUCGAGUCAGACCUCAAAAUAACCUACACCCCGUCUUCAACUGAUAGCCUACUGAAGAGCCCCAGAGAGCCUGAGAGCCCAGAGAAAGAUAUCCUGAAGGAACACAUUUCUGUAGCCAUGAGACUGAGGAAAAGGCUUCACCCAAGAGCCACAGUCAAAAAAGACAAGAAAGCUCACAAACAACGCAAGCCACGGAAGAAGAAGAAGAAAGAUGUUGCUCCAGAGGAAAUCUUGCCUCCUGAAGUGGAUGAGUCUCUUCCUCCUCCUCUAGAAUUACCUCUACCACCACCACCAGCGAGGAAGAGAAUUCAUAAAAUGUCUCAGCGGGGUGUCGGGGGAAUGCCAGGUAGGGUUCUCCCUCCGGACAGUGAAUGGCGGGAUGAUCUCUGUCGGCUCACAAACCUGAGGAUAGCUGAUAACCAAACAUGGAUGGUGGAUGAUCUAAGCGCUGAGCUAGUGGCUACUGCUACUGAGGUGCUGGUAGAUAAAUAUCCGAGCUGGGAACUCUUUAUGGAAAUGUGCCCCUUACUGGAGGGAGAAAAGGGAGAAGGGGAGGAGCAAAUGAUUGAACUAAAAGAAACAAAAGACAUGGCUGAGAGGAAGCUGUCUUGGCAAGAGUGGAAGAGCUCUUGGGAUGAAUGGCAGAGAGCCCAGACUCAGAGGACAGUGCUUUGGGAAGACUGGAAGAAAGAAAGUGAUGAGAAGUAUUUCAAAGAAGAGAAGAGACUCCAGGCUGAAGGGAAGCUGCCGCCAAGUGAAGAAGUAGUAGAGGAUCAGGAGAAAAAGAAGCUAACAUGGGAUGAGUGGAAAGACGUCUGGGAAAACAUCAUCUCAAAGACCCAAACUGAGAGAGAAGGGGAUCUGGGAGAAAUGCCGUCCAAGGAAGAGGAGGAAGAGGAGGAAGAGGAGGAGACAGAGGAAGAGGAAGAGGAAGAGGAAGAGAUAGAGGAAGAGAAAGAGAUAGAGGAAGAAGAAGCAGAAGGCAGAAAGGCUCUUAGUAGAGAGAGGAGACAGAUCCAAGUGGCACAGAGACAGGCCAGGGCAGAGUGGAAACAAGCCCGAGCUGUGCGGCAACGAGCCAAAGAAAGGAGGUCGCUCGCAAAGGAAGAGGAGAAACUCGCCCAGGAAGAGAAAAAGCUAGCCCAGGAGGAGAGAAAACUGGCCCAGGAAUAUGUGAAAAUGGUUACCAAGGGCGGAAAACGGGCCCGCAUAGAGAUGACCCUCGGCGAGAAAGAGAACUUUCUGGGCCAACAAGAGGAAAUCCUAAGCCAGGAAGCAGAGCUACUGGCCCAGAAAAAAAAGAAACUGGCCAGAAAGCUGGAGAGAGCGGCUCACGAAGAAGAAAGAAUCGCAAAGAAAAUAGACAAAGUGGGGGAGGUGAAGGCAGUGUUGGCCCAGAAAAUAGAAGCCAUGUUGGAAAAGGAGAAGGGUCUAGAGUUGGAGGAAAAGGAGUUGAAAGAGGAAACCAAGAACCUGGAGUGGGACAGGAGGGAGCUAGCUCUGAAAGAAGAUGAACUGUAUGAGGAUAUGGAAAAACUGGCGGAGAAGAGGGAGGAGCUGGCUAAGGAGGAGGAGAGGCUGGCCUUGUAUGAGAAGUAUCUGUCCUUGGAGGAGACGCUGGCCCAGGAGGAGGAGGAGCAGUUGGAGGAAGAGAAGAGACUGGCCUGGGAGGAAGGCAAAACACCUGAAGAACUGAAGAUACUGCAGGAAAGGGAGGAGAAACUGAGGGAGAAGAAACAGAGACAGGGCCAGGAGAAGGAGAGAUUGGCCCAGAGAAAGAAAGAACUCAAAGAAAAGAAGGCAAGAGUGGCUGAGAUGGAAAAAAGUCUGGACCAGGAGAAGCACUUGCUGUCCCUGGACAGAGGAAGGCUGGCCAAAAGGGAAAAGGCUCUCCAGGAUCAGGAGACAAAGCUCCUUAAGGGGAAGGAGCAAUUAGAGGACAUAAAAGGCAAAUUGGAGUCGUACAGGGAGAAGCUGGUUAACUUGAGCAAGAAGCUGGACGGAGAGAUGAAUGCCUUCAUGGUAAAGAGAGAGAAGCUGCUUGACACAGAGAAGAAAGUGGAGCAGGCAGAUACGCUUCUGGCAGAGAAGCGAGGGAGGCUGUCUGAGGAAAAAGUAAAGUUAGCCCAUGAGAUCAGGAAAAUAAUCCAGAAGAGCCAACCCAUCAGAGAAGAGCCUGAGAUUAUUAAAGACGGGGAGAAGCUGACCUACGAAAUGGAAAGGGUGGCCAAGGAGAAGGAGGAGCUGGUGGAAGAGUCAGCACAGUCCCCCACGAGAGACAUCCAGAAAGCCAUCUUAAGGAGAGGGAGGCUGGCCACCCAUGAGAUAGAUCUAACGAGGAAGAAAGUGUCCUUGGAGGAGAAGGUUCUCGCGUAUGAAGACAGACUGCGGGCCACAGAGGAAAAGAACGCUGCCAGAGAGAGUCUGGAGCUUACCAGAGAACAGAGGAUACAUGCCCACGAGGAAAGGAAACUAGCCAAAGCCUCCAGGAAGCUGGGCAGACAGAAGGGCAUUUCCAAGGAGCUUGCAGAGACUAGACAAUCCUUAAAGGCACUUCAAAACCUAGCCAACAAAGAAAGGAAACUGGCACAGAAAGAAGCCAAGAUGACAAAGAUAAAUCGGUCACUGUUAAUGAAGGAGGCCAGGCUAAGUGUGGAGGAAGAGAGACUCAAUGCUAAGGAGUUGGAGGCCGGAGAAGAACAACCAGAGAUAAUCAUGGAGGAGAGGAGGCUAGCUAAGAUGCAAAGAUGGCUGGCCAGGCAAAUGAGAAGGCUGAGAACCCAAGAGCAGAAAGUGGCUAAGGAAGAAGGGGAACUUGACUGGGAGUCAAUGAAGGUCUCAGAGGAGAAGCAGGAAGAGGAGGAGGAGGAGGAGGAAGGGGAAGGGAAGAAGAGGGACCUUGAGGUAGAGGAGGAAGCUCUAUCCUUUAAAAGACCGAGGAUUCGGAGAAAAGCCUUCGUGGGUCUUCUUCCUGGGACGGAAAAGUUUUACAACCUUUUAAAACAGGUGAAACGCGAAGAGACCAUUUCUCAGGACAUGGAUAGCCUGCUGUUUGAGGUAGAAGAAGAAAGUUCUGAGUCUGAGGAAGAAAGGGAGGAGGCUGAGGAAGAAGCUGAGGUGGAGGCUAAGGCGGAGGAAGAGGAGGAGGAGGGAGAGGAGACAGAGGAAGAGGAGGAGGAAGAGGAGGAGGAGGAGGAGGAGGAGGGAGGUGAGGAACAGAAAGAGGAGAAAGAACAAGUGGAGGAAGAGGAAAGGGAGAAGAAAAGGAAAGAGAAAGAAAAAAAGAAAAAGGGGAUAGAAAAAGAAAAGAAAAAGGUGGAAAAGGAGGUGCGUGAAGAGGAGGAAGAGGAAAAGGAGGAAGAGACUGAAGAAAGCUCAAGUGAGGAGGAGAAGACGAAAAGUGUGACCCACAUAGAAGAGAAAAAGGAGAAACACUUACGGGAAGAAGAGAGGAGAGAAAAAAGAGAAAAGCCAAAGGUACAGGUAGAAAGAAAGAAGGUCCUACAAAGACGGGAAGUGUUCCCUCAAGAAAUCCCUGUGCUCAGAGGAAGCUCUAUGAGACUGGAAGCCCUGAGCAGACCUUUGGAGAAAUUGACCCCAGUAUCCAAGGAGCCGGAAAGCAAGGAGCUAGAAGCAAGACAGAUACCCAGGAAAGAAGAGGCCACAGUGAAGGAGAUACCCACAGUGAAGCCCUUGAUAUCCCUGAAGGCAAAGGUGCUGGAUAAAGAGAGGGAGCUGAUGGAGAAAUAUAAACUGGAACCCCUACGCCUUCUGGAGGUGAUCUCAGAGUAUGAAAGGGCAGGCUUGGCCACGCCAUUCACGUCUCGGUUAGUUAGAAAAGCCUUGGAAGCCCACAGGCCCCAACUCAAAACGGUUUUGCAGGAUCACCCUUCCCUGGCAGGACAACCGAUUGGGCAGUUGCAUCUCCCAGAGAUCUUGGCAGAGGAACCAUACUCGGAGAUAGGAGUAUCGGACAUAGAGUGGCUGCAUGGGGUCUUGAAGCAGAUGGAAGCAGGAGAAGAACUUCCCAGAUACAGUUUCCACAGACUGUGCCAGCUCCUCAAAGACUUCACCAAAACGGAAGAACUGCAGUGGGUGCACCUGGCGGUACUUGAAGCCAUCGUGCACCGUCACAAGCAGACUGUGGAUUCAGAAUCUGCAAAGCCUUGCAGAGAACCUAUGAGCCCCAAACACCUGAAAGUGAUUCCUCCCAUAAAGGGAAGGGAAAAGGAUGAAUGGCUGGAACCUUCCGCGGUUCCCGUACCAGAGUCAUUAGCUACCAAAAGGGUUACAGACCCGAAGCGUAUACACUGGAGUCUUCUAGGGGAGCCGUACAGAGGUGCUCGGCUGCAGCAGUUAUCCAACGCCCUCGACGAAAUGAAGACACAGUAUCUCGAUCCUACCACCAAAGACAUUUUGACCGAUGCUCGUUCUUCCGUAAACGAGCAGACCCUGGCACUGAUGUUUCAAAAGGACUUUGGGGACCUUAAAAGUAAAAGCAGGUAUCCCAAACUGCCCAAGUUGGAGAAAAAGCCGAUCUCCAAAAAAAAGGAAGAGGUGCCCCCGUGGGAGACAUUUGUGGCGCUCUACCAUGUUUUGCGGAUGCUACAACAGCGGUACGCCACAGACAGGGCUGCUUGGAUGGAAAAGUUUUACCAGCUCAUGGACCUGUACCAGAUUAAGUCUCCUGGAAUCCAGAGGCUACUGCUGGACCUGCUAGUGACUGAAGAGCCCCAAUACCAAGAGUUUGUCCCCAAAGAGACUGCGAAGGCCGAGGAGCUGGUGCCCGGGGAGCGGCUACUGUACUGUGUGAUUUGCGGUAGCUCCCACACCCCACAUAUCCCUCUGGGGUUCCGGGAAGUCAUACCCCUCCCCGAAAAGAAUAAUGUGCAUACCCUCAGCCCCAAAGGCAUUACCAAGUACGGAAUCCUCGAACUUGCCUGGAAGAGUCUGCCCCAAGCUGAUAGUCACCUCAUCAGGAAAGAGUCCCACAUCACUGUCCCCACUCCCUAGCUUGGGACUGGCUAAAAGGUCAGGAGCUUCCUCGGCUGGAGAAACUAGACACACCUUCAUCUCCAGGGCCCACGCAGGGGAAAGCCAGGUCAAAGUCAUUUG